CUCACCCCCUUCCUCAUCGUCACCCACAACAACAACAACAACAACAACAGCCGCCUCCAGCAGCAACGACAGCCGGAGCAGCACCGCAGCCCGCCUCAGCCCAGAGACCACAAUGCAGACAUCAGAAGCUGGGUCGGAUACAGGUUCAACUGUGACUUUACAGACAUCUGUGGCUGGCCAGGCAGCAGUGCCCACACAGGUAGUACAGCAAGUUCCAGUUCAGCAACAGGUGCAGCAGGUGCAAACUGUACAACAAGUACAGCAUGUCUACCCAACCCAGGUUCAGUACGUGGAAGGAAGCGACACAGUCUACACUAAUGGAGCUAUCCGAUCAACAACUUACCCUUACACAGAAACCCAGAUGUACAGCCAAAACACUGGGGGAAAUUAUUUUGAUACUCAAGGAAGUUCUGCGCAGGUGACAACAGUGGUCUCCUCUCAUAGCAUGGUGGGCACUGGAGGGAUUCAGAUGGGUGUCACAGGAGGACAACUCAUUAGCAGCUCAGGAGGGACCUAUUUGAUUGGCAAUUCAAUGGAAAAUUCUGGUCAUUCAGUGACUCAUACAACACGGACUUCCCCAGCUACAAUUGAAAUGGCGAUUGAGACACUGCAAAAGUCUGAUGGUCUGUCCACUCACAGAAGCUCUCUUCUCAACAGCCAUCUUCAGUGGCUUUUGGACAAUUAUGAAACUGCAGAAGGAGUAAGCCUCCCUAGAAGUACCCUUUACAACCAUUACUUACGACACUGUCAGGAGCACAAGUUGGAUCCAGUCAAUGCUGCAUCCUUUGGAAAACUCAUACGGUCAAUCUUCAUGGGGUUACGGACAAGAAGACUUGGAACUAGGGGGAACUCCAAAUAUCAUUACUAUGGGAUUCGUGUCAAGCCAGAUUCUCCUCUUAAUCGACUACAAGAGGACAUGCAAUAUAUGGCUAUGAGACAGCAGCCCAUGCAGCAGAAACAGAGGUAUAAGCCUAUGCAGAAAGUGGAUGGAGUUGCAGAUGGCUUCACAGGAAGUGGUCAACAGACAGGCACAUCUGUUGAACAAACUGUAAUUGCCCAAAGUCAACAUCAUCAGCAGUUUUUAGAUGCAUCUCGAGUACUUCCAGAGUUUGGUGAAGUUGAAAUAUCUUCUCUACCAGAUGGUACUACCUUUGAGGACAUCAAAUCACUGCAGAGUCUUUAUCGAGAGCACUGUGAGGCAAUUCUGGAUGUGGUAGUGAAUCUUCAAUUCAGCCUGAUAGAAAAGUUGUGGCAAACUUUCUGGCGCUAUUCUCCCUCUACUCCACCUGAUGGUACUACUGUUAAUGAACCAAGCAAUCUGAGUGAAAUAGAAAGUCGACUUCCAAAAGCAAAACUGAUUACUCUGUGCAAAAAUGAGUCUAUUCUGAAAUGGAUGUGUAACUGUGAUCAUGUGAUGUACCAGGCUUUGGUGGAGAUUCUCAUUCCUGACGUCCUUAGACCUAUUCCUAGUGCCUUGACCCAAGCCAUUCGCAAUUUUGCAAAAAGCCUUGAAGGUUGGCUUUCAAAUGCCAUGAACAAUAUUCCACAGAGGAUGAUACAAACCAAGGUUGCCGCUGUAAGUGCCUUUGCCCAGACUCUGCGAAGAUACACAUCUCUAAACCACCUGGCUCAAGCAGCUCGUGCUGUUCUUCAAAACACUUCUCAAAUCAACCAGAUGCUCAAUGAUCUUAACCGUGUUGAUUUUGCCAAUGUUCAGGAGCAGGCUUCCUGGGUGUGCCAGUGUGAUGACAACAUGGUUCAGAGGCUAGAAACAGAUUUCAAAAUGACUCUUCAACAGCAAAGCACUCUGGAGCAGUGGGCUGCCUGGCUUGAUAAUGUAAUGAUGCAAGCAUUGAAACCAUAUGAAGGAAGACCCAGCUUUCCUAAAGCAGCACGGCAAUUUCUGUUAAAAUGGUCUUUCUACAGCUCAAUGGUGAUUCGAGAUCUAACCUUGCGCAGUGCUGCUAGCUUUGGCUCUUUUCAUCUGAUCCGCUUGCUUUAUGAUGAAUACAUGUUUUACUUAGUAGAACAUCGUGUUGCUCAGGCCACAGGAGAGACACCUAUUGCAGUUAUGGGAGAGUUUGGUGAUUUAAAUGCUGUGUCCCCUGGAAAUAUGGAUAAAGAUGAAGGCAGCGAAGUUGAAAGUGAAAUAGAUGAAGAAAUGGAUGAAAAUGGAGAGCCGCAAGCAAAGAGAGAGAAAACAGAGCUAAACCAAGCAUUUCAGGUGGGCUGCAUGCAGCCAGUGCUUGAGAGUGGAGUACAGCAGAACCUCCUAAACCCAAUUCAUAAUGAGCACAUCGUUGCAACUACUCAGACUAUCAGACAGUGCAGUGCUACUGGAAAUACAUAUACUGCAGUCUAAUGUGAAACUUCCCCUCUCCCCCCAUCAUUACAUUAGCCCUUUGGGUUUAUUAGGAAAAAAGAAAUAAAAGAGAAAAAAGGUCUGAAAAUCGACUGUUGUCAAAUUUCAGCUGUACUGAACAUUAUUUUAUUGGAGUCAUGAAAUGGUAUGAGUGUAAGCAUUUUGCCAGGCCUGUUCAAGAAAAGAUUUUUUUUUUUGUAAACAGGAUCAUUUUACCUUGGCCACUCAAUGUGAAGAGUUUUCUUAUAAUCAAAUGCAAGAAAGAUUUUUGCAAAGCUUGAUGUUAAUGUUUUUGUCCUCUUAAUAAUAAUUUAAUUUUUUUCAUAGUUUUUUAAAAAUAUUUUAAUGUUCAUUAUUGGUUAUAGUGAUGAUUUCAUAUACGUAGGUUUUUAAAUAGAUGCACUUCUGUGAAAUAUCAAAAGAACUAUUUUCUUUGAUUUACACUGGAGGCAUACUUAUUUGACAACAGAUGUAUCAAGUUUGUUAUAAAAGGUGCUUUUCCGUGGACAACUAAAAGACACUAUUUUGAUAAAAUUGUGAGUAUUCAGGGGGAUUUUUUGUAAUAUUGUUGAAGAGUUGAGAAGAUAUACCAGUUUCUUUCUGUGAGAAAGAAGCAAGUUUAAAUGGCGGAAUUGUAACAAUGUGAUAAUGUGUACGUAACAAACGUACCUAAUCUUGUGUACGUAACAAACGUACCUAAUCUGACCAUCAUAUUAAGAAUGCAAGGUUCAUUAAAAAUCAACAGUUCCAGAUAUUAUUUGCAUACCAGUUCCUCUGUUUUGAAGACUACUGAUACUAAACGUGGUGCCGCUGAACAGGUGCUUUUGGCUGUUGAGUGGUACUAUAGUUGUUAGAAGCUGAAGCUGAAAAAGAAGUGACUUAAUUAUUACUGUUAAUUUUUAAGUGUACGUGCUACUUAAGCUGGACUGGACAUACAGGAAAAUAUUCCAUUUGGAUGACUUUCUUCUAUUCCAGGUCUUUUCAUAUUAGUGGUUCAAUCUGCUGCUCUUAGAAAAGAUAAUUUAUAGAAUGCAAGGAAUGUAGCAACCUGCAUCAUUUUCCUUUCAAAAAUAUUUCUUUGUUGUUACAGUGGAUUUAAAUUUUUACAAAAAAUUAGGUAAGGCAGUGUAACUGGCACACCUCACUUUUACUUAUUCCCAGUUGUGUAGAAUUUGAAUAGGUGGCUAGAUGGACCAUUGCCAUUUAAGAAUGUACAUCAGGGAUCAUUGUACCUCGGCUAUUACAUGGUGCCUUAAACAGAACUGAAGCUAAGACUUAGUACUUUUUGUUAUUCUUAACUCUUAAAUUAAUUCAACAAGGUGUGCCUGUCAUUUUCAAAUUCCCUAAGUAAGGACAGGUUACAUAGCCUUCAAAAUAAUGAAAUGAUUUUUUAUUAUUAAAUGAUUUUAAUAUCCCUCUUAGAAUGACAAUAAACCUAUUUUUUCUCGUUUCUAGCUGGAUUUCACUUUAUUACAAAUAAAAGUUGCUUGGGAAUCUGGAAGGCAAAACUAGCUUUAAUACCACAUUCAGAUGUCAAGAUAGAUUGACCAUAGUCCCAAGCAUGAUUAUAUAUAUUUUUAGACCCAUGUCUACUUCUAAUUUUGAAAAGUAAAAAUGAAUAAAUGAGCAGGUACAUAAUGCAGUGCAUGUUUUCAAUUUGUAUGUUUUGUGGGGUAUCAGCCUGAUUUUACAUUUUAACAGCUCGAUCUCAUAUUGACAGUUUAUAUAGCAUACAUUAAUUGCAAUUUUUAUUCCUAAACAUUUCAUUAUGCAGACACAUGAAUUUGUUACAUUAAGUAGGGAAUCGAAUAAUCAAAAAAAAAAAAAAAGUCAAGAAGUGAAAGA